AUGUCACGCUCAGCACUCUUUGGUAUGGGUAUUCGGAUCCUUCGUGGCCAUCAAAUUUGUGAACCCUCUCGGAUCCAAUUACUUCCACCUACAGCUUGCCUUACUUCACUACAAUCUCUCUUUCUUCGACGACAGUCUUCAUCCGCCAUCGCUCGGGAGUAUGAUGAUUCUGGUAUUGAGGAUGAGCCGACUUUGACAGCCCUGCAGCUUGGUCGGUUAGCUGAUCUACAGCAAAGAGUAUCAGCGGAGAAUUCGAAAUUUGGUAAACAGAGGAUUAUAGCUGAGUACCCGGAUCUACGUAGGAUACUGGAAUAUGUAUAUGAUCCUACCCUUCGAACCCAUCUCACAUACACUUCGUAUAAGAAUUAUGUCAAAUCUCUUCCCCAUGGCCCUCCGUGGAUCGAUCCCCCUGAAGACAUCUUCGAGCUUUUUGAUAAACUAUCCAGGCGAUCUAUAACAGGGAAUAUAGCCAAAAACAUAGUACACUCUUUCCUUGCCGAGAAUGAGAUCAUUCACGAUCCUAGUUUGAUGGAUGUUUUCGGUAGAUUGUUAGAUAGAAAUCUAGUUGCUGGUUUCGGUGCCAAUACGUUGAAGCUAGUGGAGUGGCCUCAACACGGAGAACCACCGAAUGAUAAGGAAAGAAUUCAACCUACUACCUCCUGCAAUUCCAAUACUCUAUCAUUGGCUGCACCAAAACCCACGAAACCAGGUGAAUCGUCAUCCGCACUUGGCUCCUCUUUCGUAAAUACAACACCCAUUCAUCCCAAAGCAAGUUACCUUGAUAAAUUCGAAGUCGCUCUCGGAAAAUCUCUUGAACCACCUUUUGAUUCCCUUUUCAAAGGUGGAUCUCAAUGGUAUGCCUCUAGGAAAUUAGAUGGAGUGAGGUGCAUUACCUUCCUAGAUUUGCUUAUACCGUUCAACUCAGCCUCAUCUACUGAUCCUCUCGAAGUCUUAUCGAUCCAUUUCGUUUCCCGGACCGGAAAACCAUUCACCUCUCUCGCCAAACUGCAAGAACAGUUAUUGCACUUAUCGCAUCUGCCUGGUUUACGGAAAUGGCUUGAUGUAGAUCCUACAAUAGUUGAGGAACAACCUGAAGGGGUAGUGAAAAGAUUGAUUCUGGAUGGGGAGGUCUGCGUUAUGAAGCGCAAGACUGAAGAAGAAUUGAUCACCUCUCAGGCUAGGGAUGAUGGUUCAGUCGCCGAUACAAUGUGGAUAGCGAAUGAUCCUUUCGUUGAAGAUUUCUCGUCUACCGUCUCGGCAAUGAGACGCUCCGAUACAAUCCAACAUCUAAAUUACUUCUUGUUCGACGUAUUAUCAUUCGCUGAACUAGACAACAAAACGUCAAUUCAGCAACCAGGGCUGGGGAAGCGAUUCGGAGAGAGAAUAGAGGAUAUAAGACACUUGGGCGCAUGGUUGAAUGGAAAACUGGAUGAAGUUGGAGUGCAUGAGAAGAUGGUCAAAGAUCUAAAACAGAUCAAAGUCGUCGGAGUGAAAGACGUGGAAGGUAUGGUGGAAAGAGCGGCUAGAGAAGGGUGGGAAGGAAUCAUACUCAGAAAAGACGAAGGCUACAGAGGCAAAAGAUCCAAUGACAUUCGCAAGUUCAAGAAAUGGCUGGAUGCAGAGUACCAAGUCCUUGCCCUCGACACCUCGUCAAUGCGAUUGUCAAUCAAUGGUACUUUCGGUGAACAUGAGGCAUUAGCCAAUGUAUGGAUAGAACACGAGGGCCAUCGUGUAUCUGUUGGGUCAGGAUUCACAGCAGAUCAAAGGAUUAAAUAUGCCAAAAACCCAGAACAGAUUGUAGGCAAAUGGAUCACGGUUGAAUACUUCAGCGAAUCAGACUCAAUGGAAAGAUCUCAAAAAGGGAAUAAAGGCAAAAGCUUGAGAUUUCCAAGGAUCAAGAUGGUUUGGGAAGAAGGAAAACGAGGAAUGUGA